GGGGUGGAAGGCACUCCGGCCGUCGCUCCCCCUGCUCUCCGCACCCCACCUUCUGGCGCAGCGAGGACCCACGGCCUGCCACGAUCCCAGCUGAUGCCGAGGCUGAAGGAGUCGCGCUCGCACGAGUCCCUGCUCAGCCCCAGUAGUGCGGUGGAGGCGCUCGACCUCAGGAUGGAGGAGGAGGUGGUGAUCAAGCCCGUGCACAGCAGCAUCCUGGGCCAGGACUUCUGCUUCGAGGUGACCACGUCGUCCGGCAGCAAAUGCUUCUCCUGCCGGUCCGCCGCGGAGCGGGACAAGUGGAUGGAGAACCUCCGCCGGGCCGUGCACCCGAACAAGGACAACAGCCGGCGGGUGGAGAACAUGCUGAAGCUGUGGAUCAUCGAGGCCAAAGACCUGCCGGCCAAGAAGAAGUACCUGUGCGAGCUCUGCCUGGACGAGGUCCUCUACGCCCGGACGACGUGCAAGUUGAAAACGGACAAUGUCUUCUGGGGGGAGCACUUCGAGUUCAACAACCUCCCGUCGCUGCGCUGCAUGACCAUCCACCUGUACAAGGAGACGGACAAGAAGAAGAAGAAGGACAAGACCAACUUCAUCGGGCUGGUCAGCAUCCCGGCCGGCUCGGUCACGGGGCGGCAGUUCGUCGAGAAGUGGUACCCGGUGGUGACGCCCAACCCCAGCAAGGGCAAGGCGGGCGGCCCCAUGAUCCGCAUCAAGGCGCGCUACCAGACCAUGAGCAUCCUGCCCAUGGAGAUGUACAAGGAGUUCGCCGAAUACAUCACCAACAGCUACAUGGUGCUCUGCUCGGUGCUGGAGCCAGUGCUGAGCGUCAAGAACAAGGAGGAGAUGGCCUCCGCGCUGGUCCACAUCCUCCAGAGCACAGGGAAGGCCAAGGAUUUCCUGACAGACCUCAUGAUGUCCGAGGUGGACCGCUGUGGCGAAAACGAGCACCUCAUCUUCCGGGAGAACACGCUGGCCACAAAAGCCAUCGAGGAGUACCUGAAGCUGGUGGGGCAGAAGUACCUGCAGGACGCCCUGGGCGAGUUCAUCAAGGCGCUGUAUGAGUCCGACGAGAACUGCGAGGUGGAUCCCAGCAAGUGCUCGUCCGCGGAUCUCCCGGAGCAUCAGAGCAACCUGAAGAUGUGCUGCGAGCUGGCCUUCUGCAAGAUCAUCAACUCCUACUGCGUGUUCCCGAGGGAGCUGAAGGAGGUCUUCGCCUCGUGGCGCCACGAGUGCAGCAACCGCGGGCGCCCCGACAUCAGCGAGCGGCUCAUCAGCGCCUCGCUCUUCCUGCGCUUCCUGUGCCCGGCCAUCAUGUCCCCGUCCCUCUUCCACCUGCUGCAGGAGUACCCCGACGACCGCACGGCCCGCACCCUGACCCUCAUCGCCAAGGUCACGCAGAACCUGGCCAACUUCGCCAAGUUCGGCAGCAAAGAGGAGUACAUGUCGUUCAUGAACCAGUUCCUGGAGCACGAAUGGACGAACAUGCAGCGCUUCCUCCUGGAGAUCUCCAACCCGGAGACGCUGUCCAACACGGCCGGCUUCGAAGGCUACAUCGACCUGGGCCGGGAGCUGUCGACCCUGCAGUCCCUGCUGUGGGAGGCCAUCGCGCAGCUGGACCAGAGCACCGCCACGAAACUGGGGCCGCUGCCGCGCAUCCUGCGGGACGUCAACACCGCCCUCAGCAACCCGGCCUGCAUGCAGGUGACCGUCCCCACGGAUCACGCCGCCUCGACCCCGACGGCCGGCAACAGCAUCUCCAUGGGACUGCAGAAGAUGGUGAUCGAUAGCGACCUAUCUGGUCCGAUAGAUUUCACACGGUUACCGUCUCCAACCCCUGAAAACAAGGACUUGUUUUUUGUCACAAGGUCCGCCGGGGCCGCCCAGCCCUCGCCCGCCCGGAGCUCCAGCUACUCGGAGGCCAAUGAGCCCGACACCCAGAUGUCCAACGGCGGCAAGAGCCUCUCCAUGGUGGACUUGCAGGACAGCCGGGCCCUGGACGCGGGCGCCCCGGGCGCGGGGCCGGCCGAAGCCCUGCACGAGGGCCCGCCGGCCGCCGGGCCGCUGGCGGGCGCCUGGGGCCCGCGGACCCAGCAGAACCACCUGGCUGCCACGGUGCGCCGGGCCGCCCAGACGCCGACCACCCCCGGUGCCGAGAGCGCCCCCGGGCGGCCCCAGCUGCUGGCCCCGCUCUCCUUCCAGAACCCCGUCUACCAGAUGGCGGCCGGCCUGCCCCUCUCGCCGCGCGGGCUGGCCGACUCGGGCUCCGAGUGCCACAGCUCGCUCAGCUCCCACAGCAACAGCGAGGAGCCGGCGGCCGCCGCCCGGCACGGCCUGGGCAUGGGCAACCCCGCCACGGCCCCCGAGGACUUCGGCCGGCGGGCGGGCGAGCUGGCCCGCCGGCAGCUCUCCCUGAGCGACAAGGCCGGCCAGCCCACGAUGCCGCGGCAGAACAGCGGCGGCCCCCAGCGCCGGAUAGACCAGCCCCCGCCGCCCCCGCCGCCCCCGCCCGUCUCCCGGGGCCGGACUCCCCCCUCGCUGCUCAGCACCAUGCAGUACCCGCGGCCCUCCAGCGGGGGCGUGCUCUCCUCCUCGCCCGACUGGCCCGGCAGCGGCGCCCGGCUGCGCCAGCAGCCCUCCUCCAAGGGCGACAGUCCCGAGAUGAAGCAGCGCACCCUGCACAAGCAGGCCCCUUCUCCUGCGAACCCCAAUGCCCUCGACCGCACGGCCGCUUGGCUUUUGAAUAUGAACGUGCAGUUCCUAGAAGAGGAGACCAGUGACCCAGAGCACAAGCACAGGGAUAAGAUCCGGAGCAAAGACGAGUUCGGCCAAGGGGAGAAGCAGUACCAGCAGGACGUGGUGGUCCUGCAGGACAAGCUGCGCAUCUCCAACAAGAAGCUGGAGGAGUACGAGGCCCGCUUCAAGUGCCAGGAGGAGUCCACCCAGAAGCUGGUGCUGGAGUACCAGGCCCGGCUGGAGGAGAGCGAGGAGCGUCUGCGGCGUCAGCAGGAGGACAAGGAGCUCCAGAUGAAGGGCAUCAUCAGCAGGCUGAUGUCCGUGGAGGAAGAGCUAAAGAAAGACCAUGCGGAAAUGCAGGCGGCCGUGGACUCCAAGCAGAAGAUCAUCGACGCACAGGAAAAGCGCAUCGCCUCCCUGGACGCGGCCAACGCCCGGCUCAUGAGCGCCCUGACGCAGCUGAAAGAGAGGUACAGCGCACAGACCCGCAACGGCAUCUCCCCCACGCACCCCACCAAAUUGCAGAUCACAGAGAACGGCGAAUUCCGAAACAGCAGCAAUUGCUAAUCGGCCGCGAGGGGUUGCCGCCCGAGAG